AUUUAGACUGGUUUUAUCAGCAAAAAGUUAAAACAGAUGAUGGAAUGGCAAACGUCGAGAUCCUUGAUAUAUCCAAAACAUUGACCGAUAACGAGAAUAUCGUGAAUAAGGAUCAGAUAGAAUGGGCCGAAGCUUUCGUUAUUAUAUACAGCAUAUGCGACAGAAAUAGUUUCAAUUUGGCCCAACAUUAUCUCAAAUACAUUUCUGCCAUUCGGGGACCCGUUUAUGUGCCCAUCAUUUUGUUGGCCAAUAAACGCGAUCUGGAAGUCGGCCGACAAGUCAGUGUAGACGAGGGCACUACUCUUGCCCUGCAGUUCGGGUCUCAGUUUUACGAAAUAUCUGCUGCGGACAGCAAUUUGGAUCGCAAACGUUAUGAUUCCUGUCGUGAGAAGAUCUGCAAAACCAGUGAUAUCUUUAUGAAGAAUUGA